UAGCAAACCAAAAGAUGCAUUUUGGCCUCAGAUUCCUUCUAAUCAAAAGUCCUCUUUUGCGCCCAAUAAGACCAAACGUAACGUCACUGUCCGUAAGGUCAGCUGCCACCGUCGCCGGCUUGUCAGCCAUGGCCACGGGCACAGCCAGAGUCGCCGUCGCUCAGAUGACCUCUGUCAAUGACAUCGCUGCCAAUCUCGACACCUGCUCUCGCCUCGUCAAAGAUGCAGCUUCUGCUGGAGCAAAAAUGGUCUUCUUUCCUGAAGCUUUCUCUUAUGUGGCUGCCAAGGACGGAGAUAGUCUUAAGAUUGCAGAACCAUUAGAAGGACCAGUUAUGAAGCAAUACUGCUCUUUAGCGAGAGAAUCCUGCAUUUGGUUGUCACUUGGAGGCUUCCAAGAGAAAGGACCUGAUGAUGAACACUUGUGCAACACACACGUCAUCAUUGACGAUAAUGGGGAAAUUAAGAGCACUUACCGGAAAAUACACUUAUUUGAUGUGGAUGUUCCUGGGAAUAUGGUAUACAAGGAGAGCAACUUCACGACUGCUGGUAAGAAUGUUGUUGCAGUCGACAGUCCUGUUGGGCGUUUGGGUUUGACAGUCUGCUAUGAUUUGAGGUUCCCGGAGCUUUACCAGCAGCUCAGGUUCCAACAUGAAGCACAGGUGCUAUUAGUACCAUCAGCUUUCACAAAAGUGACUGGUGAGGCGCAUUGGGAGCUUCUUCUUCGUGCUCGUGCUAUUGAGACCCAAUGCUACGUCAUAGCUUCUGCACAAGCCGGAAAGCACAAUGAUAAAAGAGAAAGCUAUGGUGAUUCAUUAAUCAUCGACCCCUGGGGAGCAAUAGUAGCCCGAUUACCCGAUAGAUUGUCUACAGGAAUUGCUGUGGCUGACAUUGAUUUUUCAUUGCUUGAUUCUGUGAGGACAAAGAUGCCGAUUGCCGAGCAUCGGAAGCCAAUCAAUUUCUGGAAGCAUGCAUCUCUAUGAUUUUCUCAACUGCCCAGGGGUACAUGGCGGCAUUUGGUCUUGUUGUACAAUCUAAAGAAGGGUCCUAUAUCUUACUUUUUAACUUGGAUUUUACUUUAAAUUGCAUAAUAAGUAACAUUACCAUUGUGAUUGAGCGUGGCUACAUGGUUAAUUUUACUAUAAUUAUACUUGUUCCAUUGCAAGGCUA